AUGGAUAAAAUUAAAAAUUUAAUUCCAAAUACUGAUGGGAACCUGAAAAGGGUCCACACCGAAGUUUCGGACUUCUUCUCUUCGGACGAGGAGUCCAUGAAAUCCAGAAAAAAUAUGAAGAAAUAUAAAGUGAUUUCUUCACAAAAUUGGCCAAGGUUUCUCGUCAUCACUGAUGAUGGGGCCUUGAAUAAACGUUCACCCUUUGCCAUUCAAAAGGCAAUCGUUGGCUUUGCUGGUGAGCCAAAAUCGGUCAACAAAAUCAAGAAUGGGUUGCUGCUGUUGGUUGAAUGUUCGACCGACAAGCAUUCAACUUGCCUCCUCAAGUCGACAGUUUUUUGUAACGUGCCGAUUAAGGUAACUCCGCAUACCUCCCUCAACUCGUCAAAGGGAGUGAUCAGAUGCAGAGAUUUGGAAGGUGUUACUGAAGAAGAAAUCUGCGAAAAUUUAAGUUCUCAGGGUGUUGCUGCGGUGAGGAGGAUAAAGGUUCGUCGAAACAAUGACUUGUUACCGACGAAUACUUGUAUCCUCACCUUUAACGUCCCUACCCUUCCUCAAUCUGUCAAAGCCGGUUACCUUAAUAUUCCUGUUGAACCCUUUAUUCCAAACCCCUUGCGUUGCUUCAAAUGCCAGAGGUUUGGCCAUGGUCAGAACACAUGUCGUGGAAAACUUACAUGUGCUCGUUGUGGUCUCUUUGACCACGACAGCAAGACAUGUAAGAACGAUACACUUUGUCUCAACUGCAGGGUCAACCACUGUGCAUACUCGCGAGAGUGUCCGCGGUGGAAGCUGGAGAAAAGGGUUCAACAGGUGAAGGUACAAAAUAAACUGUCCUUCACGGAUGCCAGGAGGUUGGUGGAGACAGCAACACCUACAGUCGGUGACAAGUCAUAUGCAGCUGCUGCCAAAGUCGCCACUAAAAGUGUUGCGGUCAACACAGACCUCACCUGGCAUUUUGAUGAAGCCAAGUACAAGAAGCUGUCCGAUAUUGAGAAGGCGCAAAAAGUAGCACACACCCCGCCCAUCAACUUCUGGAUAGACAUCCCUCCCCUCAUCUUGUGGAUACCUACCCCUCUUCUAGAUGCCCCACCCAUCCCGCCCCUCAUCUUGUGGAUACCUACCCCUCUUCUAGAUGCCCCACCCAUCCCACCCCUCAUCUUCUGGAUACCUAGACAUCCCACCCCUCUUCUAGAUACCCCGCCCAUCAUCUUCUGGAUACCUAUCCCUCUUCUAGACACCCCGCCCCUCAUCUUCUGGAUACCUACCACUCUCCUAGACAUGACUCCGGGAGAUACUCCCCUCUCAUUCUGA